UCAGUAUGCAAGUUAGUGUUUGGUGCGACACAACAAUGCGUCACGUGUCCCGCAGCUUUAUGUUGCUUCUACUGACCUGUCGCCUUCAGCACGGAUGGGCAGGUGAAAAAACUCCGGACACACUGUCGUCAAGAGCAGGCAAGACUCGUUCCAGGGUGCUUGAUGGAAAAAAUUAUGACGCGUCGGUGCGACCUACCAAAGCCAACAGCAGCGUUACAACGAUUCACGUUGCUUUUCCACAUGCAGGCAGUUGGUCGACAGAUGAGGACCUUCAAUAUGGGUACUUGGACGUCACCCAAGCCAUAAAUCUCGUGUGGUACGACGAUGGGCUUGCUUGGAGUGAGCAGGGUAGUAGAACAGUGAUACCGAUCCACAACUUACAAGAAAUAUGGACGCCUGGAUUGACUCCAGUGAACGCCCUACAGUACACCAGCGCCGACCAAAUAGUGGCUACAUCUGACGGGGUGGUCAUCUUGUUUUCCCAUUUCCGCGCCCGGCUUCCCUGUGACAUGGACAUGACUGAAUACCCCAACGACGAGCACAACUGCACAAUCACAUUUGCUGCACUCUCCUAUCCACGCCAAGAUAUUGAAUUUAAAGCACAAUUACUGCCCAACGACACAACACGUAACAUUUCGAAAUGGCAGCCAGUUUCGACGUGGACUUCCACCGGUCAGUUCUUGGACAGUUCGUCGGUUCAACUAGUCAUUCGUAUUCGCCGUGUCGGUGCUGCCAGUUUCAGGUACACGAUUAUAAUACCGACAGCGGCCGUGGCGGUUACGACGUUGCUGGUUCUGUGGUUACCCGUGAGAUGCGGCAGAAGGGUGACGUUGGCCUGCUUCAAUUUUGCGACCACAUGGUGGCUACUCUUGAAGGUAUCAUGGCUGUUCGAAUCUUCUGCGACUGUGCCGAAGAUAGUCAUCUACCUAAGCCUAGCGACGGCAACAAACGCCGCCAUCCUUGUGUGGUCUGUGUUGAACCUCAACAUCGCAGCAACAUCGACACUGGGGCCUUGUGUGCAUGAAAUCGCCGAACGCUUCCUUCAACAUCCCUUUACUGUAAAUGUAUUUUGCUUGGUAUCCAGGAGUGCGGGUUGCAAUGCUAUGGCGAGACAAGAUGAUCGGGAGGACGAAGCUGAAGCAGAGCAGCCAACUAUGGCAGAAUCUGCGUUGAAGGAGGACAGUCGACUUAUGACAGUGAAAGCGUUGGACAGGUUCGCAUUUUACGCAUUUUUCUUCGUUCUUAUUGGCACGUUCACCUGGAGUUGUAUUUGAUGCCUAUCCUUGCUAUUUAGCCGAGGUUGGAAAUAGUGCACUGUUCUUAUUAACGACUUUGUAUACCGGACGAGUUUAGGUCCUGUUAGCGCAUAAAGGUACCAUACCAUUCCACCCUACAUACCGUCAUAGCCCAAGGAACAACUUCCUCUGCUGCACAGUUUCACUACUAGCAGAAACACUUUAAUCAUUGUGCUUCAAAUGUGCUACAAAUGUCUGGAUUUCUCCGGGUGAAAGGAUGGCUUUGGAACGUUCUUCUAACAUUGACGGAGGCUCUGUUACUGCGCUCUGUUGUCCAUCGACCUUCCACUGAAAUCUUCUACCGGCGUUCUUGACGUAUCGGUUGGCUCCGAGAAGGGCAGGUUGGAUGUCUUCCAGCUCGAAGUCUCCAAGCAGCGUCUGUGUUAGUAAAAUGCUGCCUAAGAAAGCGUCUAUCAAUCGCUCAUUGAUUCGGCAGUUGAAGCUGUCUAACAAUGAAACACUUGACUAAAUACUAGACUUCUUGUUCUCGCUACUACCCACUUGGAUGGGCGCUGCCUUCGAGAGGUUUGCACAAAGUAA